GCAGGUUUGGCAAAGAUGUCCUUUAUAAGGUGCCUACAGAGUGUACAGCUGGACAUCCUCAGCAAAAGAGCAGCCUCUGAAAUGGGCAAGAUGUUGUCAUAUAGCCUGUUGCUUUUUGCACUUGCAUUUCCAGCAGGGCACGCUGGUUCAUGUGAACAAGCUUCAAUUUCUGAAAAGAAGGAAAAAAUUUUGAACCUUUUGGCAUGCUGGACAGAGGGUAAUGCAGACAACAGCUUGUCCCGUUCAGGUGGCUCUCCAACUGGUGAUAUGAACUAUGGAUACAGGAGCUGCAAUGAAAUCAAGAGCUCGGACUCAAGGGCUCCUGAUGGAAUAUACACAUUGGCCACAGAGGAUGGUGAGUCCUAUCAAACCUUCUGUGAUAUGACAACUAAUGGGGGAGGAUGGACCUUGGUGGCCAGUGUCCAUGAGAACAACAUGUUUGGAAAAUGUACUGUGGGUGAUCGCUGGUCCACACAGCAGGGAAAUAUGUUACAAAAUCCAGAAGGUGAUGGAAACUGGGCAAACUAUGCCACUUUUGGGCUACCUGAAGGAGCUACAAGUGAUGACUACAAGAAUCCUGGCUAUUAUGACAUUGAGGCUAAAAAUUUGGCUUUGUGGCAUGUGCCCAACAAAACACCAAUGGUUAUGUGGAGGAAUUCAUCAAUUCUGAGAUACCGCACACAGAAUGGCUUCCUUACUGAGGAGGGAGGAAAUUUGUUUGAACUGUAUAAGAAAUAUCCAGUAAAGUAUGACAUUGGUAAAUGCCUAGCAGACAAUGGACCCGCUGUACCUGUUGUCUAUGACCUUGGAAGUGCAGAGAAGACAGCAUCUCUCUACUCCCCUAAUGGAAGAAGUGAGUUUACACCUGGCUUUGUUCAGUUCCGAGCUGUUAAUUCUGAGAGGGCUACACUUGCUCUUUGUGCAGGGGUAAAGGUGAAAGGCUGCAAUGUUGAACAUCACUGCAUUGGAGGAGGUGGUUACAUCCCCGAGGCAAGUCCCAGAGAAUGUGGAGACAUUGCAGCCUUUGAUUUGGAUGGCUGGAUGGCUAUGGGACACAGUCACACGUAGGAUGGAGUGUAAGCAAAGAGAUGACCGAGGCAGCUGUGCUGCUCUUCUACCGUUAAUGUGGUAAACCAUUCUGCCAAAU